GUUAAUUUAAGGACUAUGUCCCAGUGUCUAUCAAAUAACAAAAGAGCAGCUUUAACAGAGAUAAUUGAUGUGUUACGAGCUGUGUGUCGUGCGCAUAGUUUGCCACUAGCAUUGACAUGGAUCCCCUGUUAUUAUAGUGAGGGGAUAGGAGAUGAAGCUUCAAGAAUACGGACUAAAGAUGGGCGUAAAAUUCCCGGUGAAAAAACUGUACUAUGCAUUGAAGAAUCAGCUUGCUAUACAAAUGAUAUUGUGGUAGGAGGAUUUGUUCGUGCAUGUGUUGAACAUUAUCUCGAGGAAGGGCAAGGUGUAGCUGGGAAAGCUCUUCAAUCAAAUCGUCCAUUCUUCUAUCCCGAUGUGAAGGCCUAUAAUAUUAGUGAAUAUCCCCUUGUUCACCAUGCGCGAAAAUAUAAGUUGAAUGCCGCCGUUGCAAUCAGGCUAAGGAGUAUACAUACCAAUGAUGAUGAUUAUAUAAUAGAAUUCUUUCUACCUGUCAAUAUGAAUGGAAGUGAAGAACAGCAACUUUUAUUAGACAAUCUAGCAGGUACUAUGCAGAGAAAGUGUCAGACUUUGAGGAAAGUUUCGGAUGCUGAAUUACAUGGGAUAGAAGGCUCGAGUUUUUGCUCUAUGUCUAGGGGAAACUCUCAUAUGGCGCCGGAUGGUGACCAUGAUUCGGUCCAGCCAAUGUCCGUGACAAACAAUGAAACGGAAGCUGCUCAUAACCAGGCAAUGGAGGGAUCAAGAAAGCAGAUUGAGAAAAAGAGAAGUCCAGUGAAGAAGAAUUUUAGCUUGAGUGUUCUCCAGCAAUACUUCUCCGGUAAUCUUAAAGAUGCGGCUAAAAGCCUUGGUGUUUGCCCAACAACCCUGAAAAGGAUAUGCAGGCAACACGGAAUUGCAAGAUGGCCAUCGCGCAAGAUUAACAAAGUGAAUCGCUCGUUAAAGAAAAUACAAACCGUGCUCGACUCGGGUGUGGAAGGAGGACUGAAGUUUGAUCCUUACAAGGGGGGAUUUAUGUCAGGAGGAUCAAGCAACCAAGAAAUUAAUGCACAUAAAAGUUCUCUCUUCCGGAAGAAAUGUUCUGUAAAAUAUCCUGAUCCUGCAUCCGGUAGCAAAGGUGAGAAUUUAGCCGUUAACCAGCUUCUGCAUUCAGACAUACUUAUCUCUAAUUCCAAGGGUGAGUUGAAGAAAAACAAAGCUUUUUCUGUUGAUGUAGAUUCAAAGCCAAUAGCCAUGGGUGAUGGUGGAUUACGCCAAGAACCCUUUCCGGUUUCUAUUUUGGAAAGUUCUAGGUGUGAUGUAGCAUAUCACAGUCCAAACUCCCUGGUUGCCGAUGAGAUGGAAACUUAUCUGAAUGGGGCUGACAAGCUCGGCGAGCAUCACAAUCCCACUACUUCAAGCAUGACAGACUCGUCGAGUGGCUCUUGCUCAAUUUUGCGCCCCAGCUCAUCUGGCUCUCCGAAAUUUGAGAAUCGGAAACAUUUGAAAGCCAAAUCACCUUGUGUUCGUAGGGGAUCAAAAAUUAUUGUCAAAGCUGCCUACGGAGAAAAUAUUAUCCGUUUCAAGUUUGAUCCUGCAGCUGGUUGUCUCCAGCUCUAUGAAGAAGUUGCAACAAGAUUCAAAUUACAAAUCGGAUCUUUCCAACUCGAGUAUCUCGACGAUGAAGACGAAUGGGUGAGGAUGGUAACUGACACAGAUUUGGAAGAAUGCAUAGAAAUGUUUGAUGAUCUUGGCACCGCUGUGAAAUUUCUUGUUCGCGAGCCGUGCAGUAACAGUUGAUGAAUUCAAUGAACCACAAGAAAUCUUUGAUCCAAAUAACUUCAAUGACACAUCCAAGACAUUUCAUAGAAAUGUCUUCAUCUGACUUGUGUGGUUGAGUUCUUCUGCCAACAUAUAUAUUUCAUUAGCAUUGUCUUUUAGCCACACAAGUGAUAUGAAAACAUUUUUAUGGAGUUUUUUGGAUGUGGUAUUGGGGUUAUUUAAAUUGAAGAUUUCUUGUAAUUCAAUUUUCAAAGAGGAAAGGACCUUGAAGCACAAUCAUACUUCUUUAAAGUGUCUAAUAGAGUCACAAGUAAGCACUAGAAUAAUAAAUACGUAAUUCUAUACAUGAAGGAUGCAGCUUAUACAGUUUUAUAGUUAAAUAGUUGCUGUCAAGAGUGAGAUAAAUAGUUCUAAGUUACUUUUAUCCCAGUUUUUGUAUAAAAUUAUCAAUAAUUUGGGAUAGAUACUGUAAAUAAGUUUUUCUAUAAUUUUAUUGUUUUUAUUCUCACAGG